AUGCAAGAAGCUCCAAAUCAAGAAGAAGAUCUCGUUGCUGAUCUACCUGGACCACCGGAAAGGAGGUUGCGUGAAAAAUCCAGAGGCAGCGGAGAUGUGGUUGCAGUUUCGAAGGCUCAGACAGUGGUUGGGAGUGAAGAGCUAAGGGAUCGGGGACUCAAACUUCUACAAGACUGGAGCCAGGAGGAGGCCGAAGAGUUGAUGAUUCAUGUGGCCCUUAGCCUGAGUCCUAGCGAUCGGGUGUUUGGAGUUUUUCGACAUGGUGGUCGAGUUGGUCUUACAAAGGCUACAUAUGACCAUCCUUGGAUAGCCGAGCUUUUUGUGAAGGGAAUCAAGGGACGGUGUUCGGAAGCUGAGUUCACUGCGGUGUACGUCUCGGUGAAUACAACCAGGGAUAUCCAUGUCGAUAGCAACAACUUGACAGGAAUGUCAAAUUAUGUUUACCCACUGGCUAUGCCCUCGCGUGGAGGAAACUUGUGGGUUGAGCUUGGUGAUGGAGAUGUGGUGCGAGGCAAGAUUUCUGAAAUGGUGGACCAGCAGGGAAAUUCUCGUUUUGGUUGCGUGCAGAAGUUGGUGCCUGGUACAGUGCAUACAUUUGAUCCUCACCGUCGUCAUGCUGUACAACCGUGGAAAGGUUUGCGGGUGGUAGCUGUGGGAUAUACGCCUGGAGUUCCUCAAAAUCUCAAAGGACCGGAGCGUGAAGUCUUGGCACAGCUAACCUUUCCAGUUCCUACCGAGGUUGAUGCUGCAUCUCCUGUGGUGGCAGUCAGGAUGUUGUCUGUGCAGAGCGAGAAAGCUGCAACAACAAUUGAGGAGGAGCACUAUGAUCGGGAGCUGGAGCUGACGGAGGGUGUUGCAACUUCAGAUGGCAUGGUUCUGUUCGAGAAACCUGCAUUUGACUCGGACGAGGUUGAGAUAGCUGAAGAAAGGAAUCCAGUACAGGUGUCCUAUGACGAGCUGGGUCAAUGGGAUAUGUAUAUGCCUCUGGGAGAAGGAAACCCGGAUACAGUUCCAAAGGUUUUACUGGCUUGUUGUGACGGAGUUCCAGCAGUUGCUAAGACUGAAGUGACAUAUACAAAGAACAUCGAGGAGCUGCUCAGCAAUUUGAAUUCUCCUUUGACAAUCGUGCAUACAGUGGAUCCUUCAGAAGUGACAGCAAAUUUUGAUCACUGGGAGCAAGCUGCGAUCAAGGAGAUCAAGUCGUUCGGAUCUGCCUCAAGAAAGGUGUUCAGCACAGAUCCGGAGGUUCUUCAAGAUCUUAAAAGUGGACGAGCGAAAGUGGUGCCAAUGAAAGGGGUGUAUACUGUAAAGCCGCCUUCAGCCGAGUCCAUCGAGAAGGGUGAAUGGUUUAGGCGGAAGGUGCGGAUUGUGGCGUGUGGGAACAUGAUGGCAGAAUCAGGUGAGGAUACCUAUGCUGCCGCUGCUCCGGCGGAGGUGGUACGGUCGUCGCUGUCGGUUUCCAGCAGGAUGAACUGGGAUGCUGCAGUGCUUGAUGUUACAGCUGCUUUUCUGCAGACCCCUUUGAGCGAAGUUCAAUGCAAGCAAAGGAUACUUGGUCAGCCGCCGCGAGCUAUGGUACGAGCUGGACUAUGUGAUGAAAGGGAGCUGUGGGACUUCACCCAUGCAGUUUACGGCUUGAGAGAAUCGCCUCGAUGGUGGGGUGAAUUUCGUGAUGCCCGACUAGCACAACUCAACAUUGUCUGCGGGGACCGACGGAUCAAGUUAUUGCAGUGCAAGGUUGAAGGGAGUUGGUGGAAGCUAGUUGAGGAUGCCUCUCUAGUCGGGUUGGUUGUGGUGUACGUUGAUGACCUGCUGAUAUGCUCGGUUCCUUCAAUUAUAAGUGCAGUGGCGGAAGCGGUGAAGAACUUGUGGGAGACCAGUGCUUUGUCGUGGGCCUCGGAUGGUGGAAUCCGCUUUUUAGGGAUCGAGAUCAUGAAGGUGGAAGGGGGCUUCGCUUUGAACCAGGAGCCGUAUAUCAAGGAAUUGACAAGAAUCCAUUCAAUUCCACCAACACAGAAAGAUUUGAUCCCUGUUGCGCGCGAGCAAGCAGCCUUUACAGCCGAACCGGAAGAAGCAGUUUUCAGCACUGAGGAGCUGAGGCAGGCGCAGCAACUGGCUGGUGAGAUAUUGGCAAAGUCCAACGACCUGAUAGCUUGGACAGAUGCGUCAUAUGCACCUGACGGCUCUCGUUCCCAUAGUGGGUGGUUGAUUGCGAUUGACAAUGCGCCGAUCAACUGGCGUUCCGCUCGGCAGAGCACAGUGACUUUGUCGACGGCUGAAAGUGAGCUUUCUGCAUCGGUGGAGGGGGCAUUGGCUUUAAUAAGUGCCGAAGCGCUAUUGUCAGAACUCAACUUGGGCCCAUGGAAACUUCGUCUACGCUCAGACAGUACUUCUUCGUUAGCAAUACAGCGUGGAUCGGGAUCGUGGCGCACACGCCACUUACGGAUCAAGUCGAGCUGGAUCAACGAAAGACUGGGUGCAGAGCAGUUGGAGUUGGAACAUUGGCCGGGUGAAGGACAAUUAGCCGAUGCAUUGACGAAGCCUUUGUCGAGCAUCCGCCUACGGCAUCUUGCAAGGCUCAUUGGGUUAAUGUCGCUUGAAGAGAUUGCGGAGCAGAUUGCAGUGCAAAGCAACAGCAACAGCAACAGCAGCAGCGGAGCUAAAGCCCCUAACACGAAUGGGUUUAAGGUUCUUGUUGCGUUGAUGGUGUUGUCUCAGUCUGUUGUUGGCUGUGAAGCGAGUGAGAUGACUGUUUACCAACCGAUGACGGUGGACCAUACCCUUGUGAUGUGGUGUGUAUUUGCUAUGAUAGCCUUGCUGUGGACUCUGGCAUGGGAGCUGAUCAAAUAUGCUGGAUGGCAGAUCUACUUUACAGUUGCACCGGGAGCUGGAACAAGGACUGUCUACAAGGCCGAGCAGAAGGAUAAAGCAGUGCAGACGACUGGUCCAGCCUUUGCUCCGGUGAUUCCAGAAGUCAGGAUCUGUGAGUACUGCGUGAGACAUGGAGGACGUGAUCCUGCAAUUCCGGGCCCAUCUUUGGACGAGAUCCUAAG